CUAUUCCCGCCGCCGCCGCCAUGACGCCGCUCUCCCGCUCGCUGCUCGCACUCGCCGCGCUGCUCGCCGCCGCUGAUGCUACUGUCACGCCCACACCUCCCCUUUGUGGAGGACUUUGCCAAGGAUUCACAAUGGACAUUCCUCCGAGGAUUAACCACGUUAGCGGUAGCUUUAACUUUAUGCUGGAGACCGACGGGCAUAAUGAAGUACUGAAAGAUAUUCCCAACUUCUGCUCAGCAACCGGCAACGGAAAUAUCUCAAAGCAGAUAGUUUACGUGUGCAACAAAUACCCCCAUCCGUCGGUCCAAAUAUUUCCACCGGCACAAGUGCAUGCGCUUGGCGACACCGUGCUAUCACCCGCAUACGCUUCCUGUGAGAAAGACCCCGAGUGUGGACCUCUCUCAUGGAAUAUCACCCAGGUGUGCAGAAUUGACUACAGGCGCUAAAGAGUUGUAAGAGCGCAGAUUUGAGUGAGUUGAAAGUAUGAAAUAAA